AGAAGCACAGACGUUUUCUUUACAAAGUAUUUGAUUCAGUAGUGAUAAGUUUCGUGGCGCGUUCACUGGUUUCUUUCUUCUGUUCAGAUUAGGAUAGAGACAAACGUAAAAGUGGAGGAACAGCCUGUCAACAAAACUGUUGAUCUCGUCAACGUUCCUCUGCCUCGUUCUGUGUGCAUGGACGUCAGUCACUUUGUACCUCUUUCAUCUUUCAUAAAGUCAUUGGACAUAUUCUUCACGAAAGAUAUAUUCUUUCUUUUCGCUAUUUCUGCGCCUCCUGUAGUAAAUCUGGCCGCAAGUGUAUUUGAAGUGAUUUUCAAGACUUUUUUGGCCAUCUGCGACGAGGCAUUCUCGCAAAGGGACAACGACCUUCUUAGCAGCCUUCGCACUCGUGUCUCGUUCUUGAGAGAGAACAGCAAUCCGGCCUAGAAAGGCAACGAACUCGAUAAACACCAACAGGAAUACCAACCUGCUGCUUGCCCUCGAAAGUGCAUGCGUAAUAAUGUUUUUGUCCCUCACCGAGCAUCCAGCUGACCCACCUCCACCAAAAGCACAACCAGAAGCUCUGAAAAUUGACCCCGAGGUGUAUGCGGUGCUGCAAGAAUGUCGGUAUCGAACGCUCACUGUGGGAAACAUUACGCGUCGUAAGUUGGAUGAAGAGAUAAGCGCCCUCGAGGCUUUGCAAGAAGCGGAAAACACGCAGCAGCGGUGUAAAAGCGGCGACGACGGCAACCGCGACGCUUCAAACGGGCGAGUAGAGGAGCACAGCGACGCCCAGCGGAGUGAAGUGGCCGACAAGACGGAUUCAGAUGAGGAGCUCUCGUUAUUCAUUCCAACGGUGGGCUCAGACUCAGAUGGUGCUACUUCCCUGACCGAAGAGGAUCUAAUGCGAGCGCCGAGCAAUUUUGCGUGCUUCCCGAGACCUGUCAUAAGCAACAAGAGCUGGAGUCGCACCGGCACGCGUACCUUAGCUUCCAACGGAAACAGGGGGAAGGUGCGGAAGGGAGAAAACCUCUUUCCAUGCCCGUUUGGGCAUUGGGAGUGUGGAACGUUUCUUGGCAAACGCGUCUUCGUCGAGGCAAGCAACACCUUUCUCGGACGUGGCUCGCAGUCGGUUGUGCUGGGUGGAAGCAUCAUCGUCACGGAGACGGUGAGCGGCGAGGAGAGACGCCUGGCUAGCGUCCCCGUGGCGAUCAAGGAGGUCGUGUACGACGCCCGCCAGAAGACCGUUCGCAACAUGAUCGAGUUUGCGUUGCGGUUUCGGCUCGAGGUAGACCACCCUGGAAUUGUGCACAUCUUCUGCGUCGGGCUCUACUACCCCCCGUUCUCCAGCCUUUCCGAACUGGAAAACGUACCCAUCUAUUCGCACGUGUCGCUCGCCUGUAGCACGACGGGGAGCAUCGCCGACGUGCUGAAGCGCACCGGACCGUUCCCCAUGCAAGAGAUUCAACGGUGCAUGGCGGAGGUGCUGGAAACGCUUCAGUUCAUGCACGAGGAACACCACAAGGUACACAACGACGUCAAGUCACACAACACUCUCAUCUUCGACUACACGUCCGUCUUCUCAAAUUACAAGUAUCAGCUGGCGGACUUUACAGGACUUACAUCAGCGCGAGCGGCGGCGGAGGUGAGGCGGGAUGUGCGAAACGGGCUAGGCGAAAAACUCACCCAUGCCAUCGUGGGCGGGACGGCGGCGUUUAUGUCACCCGAAAGCUGCUUGGGUCUCGGCAUGCUGACGAGCAACGACAUCUGGUCUCUUGGCAUUACGGCGUACCACAUGGCGACGAACACGCUGCCGUGGCAAGCGUUGGAGCGCCAAUUCCCCAGUAUGAUUAUCAACGGCUUCCGCUGCAAGUUCUCCCUGGACACCAUAUUCGGGGAGCUCACCGACGAAGGCGCAGCAGCGUCCGCGACCUCCCCAGCCGGUGCGCGCGGACAGUCGCCUCACGUAGCGGACGGGAGCGUGGAGAAGCAUAGCGGAUGCGAGAGGCCGGGUGGGAACCACUGCAUGUCCAAUAGCAACAGCGGCAGCGUUGGAAGCACCGUGCUCCGCGACAAAUACGCUGACUUUGGUCCCAUUCUCGAGGAAUUCGAUCAUUCCACCCUUCCAAAGGACUUUCAAGACUUUGUCCGGCAAUGCUUGAUUGAGAAUCCGAUGGAACGACCCACGGCUCGACAGCUGCGUGAGCAUGCGUUUGUGAAAGACAUACAAAUUGGAAGCGGUCGCGAGAGUGCCACGACGCCUCUGCCAAACUAA